AAUUUGUUUUGAAAAUGACGAAACAAAAUUAAUCGAUAACAUCGACAUUGAAAUCGAUUCACUUCCAUCUCUCCGAAUAAUUCGACUUUAUUUAUCUUUUCGCACAAAAAAAAUCAAAACAAAGACCAACCAGUGCCAAAGAUUCCCAACCAGAGAACAGCCCCCGAUCAGAGUACUCUCCCUUCAAAAUGGCAACGGCUGCACGACCUCCCUCGCUGCGUCUGGGGCAGCAGGACCUUAAGUGCCGCACGGGAUGCGGAUUCUAUGGAACUCCCCAGAAUGACGGCCUCUGUUCGAUGUGCUUCCGAGAAAAGUUCAACGAUAAGCAACGGAAGCUGAGGCAGAAGGCAGGCGAAACAGCGGGCCUGGCACCCGGCCACGCCCCUGGUUCCGCGGGCGGAUCCACAGAGCGGAGAUCCCCACAGCAUGGUCACCACGGUCACGGGCGAGUGGAGCAGCAGCCAAGGAAGCAGGAAGCAGCAGAAACCUCAGGCACACUGCAGAAGAAGAAGUUCACAGCAGUUUUGCAGAAAACCCUGCAGGCGGGCGCCCAGAAAAUCACCCAGCAGCGCAGCCCUGUGCCGGAUCCCACAGAGGGUCAGUUCCUGCUGCAGCUGCGCCAGCUCCGCAUUCCCGACGAUGGAAAACGAAAACUUACUGAGAUCCAGCGCUUGGACAGCGAAAUACGCAAGUAUAUCACCGGUAACAGUCCCAAGAACGUGGACGAGCUGUCGGAUGCCGUUCAGAAUGCCUACACCAAGGUCGAUAUCGUGCACAACGAUCCCAGCUUUGAGAUUGCCACCAACGAGGAUCGCGAUAGUGCCAUAGACUUCUUUGAGAAGGUGGUGAUGACGCAGAACCACAAAUUCCUCUUCAGUCCGUACUUCACCGAGGAUGAGGACAGCGAUGUGAAGGUUCAGAAGCGCAUACGCCAGCUGAGCUGGAUCACUGCCAAGCAUCUGGACUGCAGCAUCGACGAGGUCAAUGCGGAGGCCAGGGAUCUGGUGUACAAUGCCAUUUCAGAGCUGGUCGGCAUUGAUUCGUAUUACUCGCCCCAGGAGAAGCUUCAGUGCACCGUGCGUUGUUGCCGGCACAUCUUCGAGCUGCUGAAGCGGGCAACGGGAGGUCCGGCCAGUGCCGAUGACUUCCUGCCCGCAUUGAUCUUUGUGGUGCUUAAGGCAAAUCCCGUUCGCCUGCACAGCAAUAAUUUUGUGACGCGCUUCACGAACGCCUCGCGGGUGAUGAGCGGCGAGGGAGGCUACUAUUUCACCAAUCUCUGUUCGGCCAUUGCCUUUAUCGAGAAUCUGAAUGGCGAGAGUCUGGGCAUCAGCAGUGAGGAGUUCGGGGCGUUGAUGUCGGGCCAGCAACCUUACAGUACGCCGUGGGAAAGUGCUCUUCUGGCCUGCGAAAGCCUGCACCUGAUUUCGGAGAACAUGAAACGGAUGGAGGGGCUGCAGAAGAGGAACGCCUUAAUAAGCUCAGGCAUCGCUUCCUUCGAGAAGGAACUAAUCGAGUUCCAAAGAGAGGUGACCGAGCGGGUGGACACCGUGAUAGCCAAGGCGCCGCUUAACCUGCUACCCAUCAAAACGCCUGCCUUUCUCAUUGGGCAAGCCCGAGCACAUCUCGUCAGCGAAAACGAGGCGGGACAUUAUCAAGCUAAUGUGCUGAGUGCCGGCGGUUCAUUGAUCCAAUCUUUGACAGCAGCUACUAGCUUGGCAAAGCCUUCAAUAGCGCCGGAGGAUUCUGGUUUAUCUCUGAAGGACACCAGUAUUGGUUCCGUCGGCCGCCUGUCGCCGCUUCAACAGAAUCUACAGGCAGCCGACAACCUCUUUGCUUCACCAAUGUUCAAUUAUGUGGCCUUUGAUGCCGUGUCCCUGUUGGAGGAACCCGUGACAGAAAGCAAAGACGGAGAUGUCCUGAUGCUGGGCUCCGAGUUCCAAGGCGGCCUGACCAACAUCAACUACGACUUUGAUCUGUCGGAUCAGAGUGGGGAGAAUAGCACUGCGGACGAGUCCAAGUUGAAUCUUGACGAAUUCGAUCCUUUGGUUCAAAAGAGCAGCCCCGUUACCCAGAAGCCUCCGGCACUCCCGGAAACCAGUCUGUUGGACAGCACCACGGAUAGCUUGAUAGACAGCGAAGUGCCGGGCACAGCUGUCCUGCUCCCAUCGCCGUUAAAGCCCGAGGUGGCCAACUAUCGGGGUUUCUCCAACUUUGAUAUUCCCAGCAUAUCCUGCAACACGGGCGACUUUAGUUCGCUGGGCCAUGACGGAGUCGAGGAGCCCAAAUAAUUAGUAAAUAAAUAAGUCCCUUCUGGUCCCUGAUCCCUGAUUCCUCCCUGCACGUACAACUGUUGUAAAUAGAGAAAAAUAAUAUAUAUCUUGUAGUUAGCCCGACGCUUCACAUCUAAACACUUUCACAUAUUUAUUUAACUUUUAGCUGUAUGGCAAGGACGUUUAAUAAAAGCAAUUGAAAACCUAA